CUCCGCCCUCGGGGCGGGGAGGAGAUGCCGAGGCCCCGCCCCCGAGAGAAGAAAAGGGCCCUCCAGUAGGCGGCGAAGCCCCGCCCACGGACCCUGGCUCCUCCAAGGCUUCCUUCCUCGCUCUCCUUCCGCCUUUCCUGACCCUGCCUUCCUUCGUUCUACGGCCUCCUGUGCUUCCCGAGUCGGUGCCCAGAUGCUUCCGAAACGACGGCGAGUGCGAACUGGGUCCCCACACAGCGCUGUAACCUCUUCCACGCCGCCAGCGACGCGCUUCCCGGGUGUUGCCAUCUACCUUGCGGAGCCGCGAAUGGGCCGCAGCCGCCGGGCCUUCCUCACGCGCCUGGCGCGGUCCAAAAGCUUCCGCAUCCUAGAUGUCUACAGCUCAGAUGUGACACAUGUGGUGAUGGAGGGGACCUCAGCCAAGGAGGCCAUCUGCUGGCAGAAAAGCAUGGAUGCUGUUCUCCCAGGCUGCCCGCAGCCAGCUCUGUUAGAUAUUAGCUGGUUUACAGAGAGCAUGGCAGCUGGGCAGCCUGUUCCUGAGGAGGGACACCGCCUGGAGGUAGCUGAGCCCAGGCAGGAGCCCCCAAGCUCAGUGACAGUGCCAGCUUAUGCCUGUCAGCGUCCCUCACCUCUCACACACCAGAACACUUUCCUCACAGAGGCUCUGGAGACACUGGCAGAGGCAGCAGGUUUCGAAGGCAACGAGGGCCGUCUUCUCUCCUUCUACAGAGCAGCCUCGGUGCUCAAGUCCCUUCCCUGCCCUGUGACAUCUUUGAGCCAGCUGCGUGGGCUACCCUACUUUGGAGAACAUUCCUCUAGAGUCAUCCAGGAGCUGCUGGAGCAUGGAACAUGUGAGGAGGUGGAUCAAGUCCGUUGCUCAGAAAGGUACCAGACCAUGAAGCUCUUCACCCGGGUCUUUGGGGUUGGGGUGAAGACUGCCAACCGGUGGUACCAGGAAGGACUACGAACGCUGGAAGAGCUCAGAGAGCAGCCCCAGAGACUGACUCAGCAGCAGAAAGCAGGGCUCCAGUAUUACCAGGACCUGAGCACUCCGGUUAGGCGAGCAGACGCCGAGGCUCUACAGCAGUUGGUAGAGGCAGCAGUGAGACAGACCCUGCCCGGAGCCACUGUCACACUGACUGGCAGCUUCCGAAGGGGAAAGUUACAAGGUCAUGACGUGGACUUCCUUAUCACCCACCCCGAGGAGGGCCAAGAAGUAGGGCUGCUGCCCAGGGUAAUGGGCUGCCUACAGAGCCAGGGAUUCGUCCUGUAUCACCAGUACCAUCGCAGCCACUUAGCAGACCCCGCCCACACCCUGCGGCGGAGCUCCACCUUGGACGCUUUUGAGAGGAGUUUCUGCAUCUUUUGUUUGCCACAACCCCAACAGACAGCUUUAGAAGGGGCCCUGCAUCCCUGCCCAACCUGGAAAGCUGUGAGGGUAGAUCUUGUGGUCACCCCCAACAGCCAGUUCCCCUUUGCCCUUCUUGGCUGGACUGGCUCCCAGUUUUUUGAGCGGGAGCUACGGCGGUUCAGCCGGCAAGAGAAGGGGCUGUGGCUGAAUAGCCAUGGGCUGUUCGAUCCUGAACAGAAGAGAGUUUUCCAUGCAACUUCUGAAGAAGAUGUUUUCAGACUCCUGGGCCUCAAAUACCUUCCUCCAGAGCAGAGAAAUGCCUGAAAUGAGAAACGCCUGCUGGCUGCCACACCCACCCACAAAAAAAAAAAAAAAAAAAAAUGAGGGGCUGCCUCAUGCCUGACCAGGAAUGUUUCCAGACAGGAGCACUGCCACCCCAUGGCCACACCUGUGCAAAUGGAAUUUUCACCUCCUGAGACUUUGGUCAAGUGUGACCCCGAGUCAGCUCAGCUCUCGGCCUCCACACUCCUCACAGUCAGGGGUUCUUACCAGUUCAUACAUCAUGGACCUAUGGUAGAGUCUGAAGUCUUGGUUCUGGUCCAGUUGUGGUUGCUGUGUCUGCUGCAGAGUACUCCAUUCAGUGUGCCAGAGAAGAGACCUGUCCCUGCCCUGGGUUUGAUAUGGGAAGUAUUGUUCCGGCAGUCAGGUGUUGCACAGAAGUAAGAGGCCUGCCUGAGUGCCACAGCAACCCCCAGUGCUGGCACAGUUGGUCCCACUACCCGCAGAUCUGGGUACCUGUACUUCACAAGCAGCGCAGCUCCGGAAUCGGUCCCACACGUGUCUUCUAUCCUUAGUUACCAAUCCCCUCACACUCCAGCCUAGGCCGAGCCUGGCCUGCCUACCCACAAUCCCCUGUGCAUCCACAGCCCCAGCAGUGCCUACUGGGAGGGCUGGUUCCUAGAACAGAGACUGUAGCCCAGCCUGGCAGCAGUCCUAAAGCUUGGCAAAUCAGUGGGCAGCAGCGAAGUGCUCUUCCUAUCCUGAGAUUGUGAGGUGCAGUUCCCCGGCCCUUCUUAAAACAGCCCUGCAGGAGUUCCCAAACUGCAGUCCUCACACAGGCCCUGUGGCUUUGGUGUUUCUGUCAUCUCUUCCAGUCUCAGCUGUACCCCUCCAGUUAAGCCUCUCCCCGACCCCUCGCCACUCCCACUUUCCCAGUUCACUCCUGGUCCCUGUUUGCAGCUCUCUGUGGCCAACUUCUUCACCUUCUCUGAGCCAGAAGCACUAAAGCUGGUCACAGUGUCCUUGUAUCCCCAGGUGCCAAGGGCUCUAAAGUCCCUUGCCUUACUGUACACCUAGUGUCCACUGUCCCUGCCUUCUUCAGGACCUGACAGAUGACGGCCUUGAUCAAUUAGCAGAUUAACAAGUGUUUUAAAGAUUAACAUUCAAUAAAGUGGAUUUUUUUGGAGUAUA